AUGAUAUGCUCAUAUGUCGGCCAUGCUACCAUUGCGAUUUCAAUCAGCAAAACACAGCAAUCUGAAUACUCUCAGACGAUGGCCCAAAAAGUCAAAAGCCCAUCUAAGUUGGCGCACGUAGUGCUGCGCACGGCAAACUUUCGAAAUAUGGUGCAAUACUAUAAGGAUUUCCUGGGAGCAGAGGCGAGUUACGAGAACGACAUGCUGUGCUUCCUCCGGUAUGACGAAGAGCACCAUCGAAUCGCCCUCAUUGCGUUUCCAGGGACACAGCCCAAGGUAAUUGGGUCGAGUGGAUUGGAGCAUACCGCCUUCACGUUCGACACUCUCGAAGAUUUAAUGCUGGGAUAUCAACAACGUAAAGCCUUAGGGAUGGUGCCAUCGUGGUGUGUUAACCACGGCCCCACGACAAGUCUCUAUUACACCGACCCCGACGGCAACCAGAUCGAGACCCAGGUCGAUAAUUUCGACACAGCCGAAGAAGCUAAUGAAUUCAUGGCGUCUAAGGAGUUCGCGGAGAAUCCAAUUGGUACGGAUUUCGACCCUGAGGAUCUCAUUCGCCGUCUUGCUUCAGGAGAAGACGCUGCAUCCAUCAAGAGGCGCAGAGAGAUCGGACCCCGUGGACUACCAUAG